AUGGCUAAACGGAAGACCUCGAAGCAGAAGCAACGUGGAAAAACUGCCAACUCAGUAUCCCGCAAGCUACCAAGAAUUUCGAAUCAUGGCCACCAGCCCAACUCCCACGAAGCGGCCGACUACCUCAGCGGACUCCCUCAUGAGCUGCUUCUCAAGAUUCUCAAGGCAAUCCCCGACCAAGCAGCGACCUACAAAUCAUGCCAAACAUACCUGUCGCUGUCAUUGACGUGCCGUUCGUUGAAUCGGGUGACAACGGAGCUGUUGUACGACACCUACAAUCACCGAUGGGACAAGACCUCGACGAACUUUAUCGGCACCAUCAUCAAAAGACCUGAUCUGGCUUCGCUAGUCAAAGGAAUCAAAGAAAUAGGGCCCUAUAAGGAAGGAUGGGCGCCUCCUUCACCGCUAUACUGUCCAUACGAACGGAGCAAGGAAGACAUUAAACCUAUCGCGGCAGCUAUUCGAAGCCUUGGGAUUCCCGGACCUGACACUUGGAUCCAGCUAUUUCAGCUCGGGGCAGAUGUGCACUUCAACCUUGAGGCUGCUCUCCUUGUGUGCUACAGUCAUAACGUUCAAUCGUUGUCCGUGAACAGCGCUCCCGGCCUGAUAUCAAGCAUCCCUGCUGACGGCGACGAUCCUUUCUACUUAUUGCGCAAACCACCGGAUAGUCUCAUACCGAUCAUGUAUGCGGCACGGGGGUUACCUUACGGAAGGGUACACCAGUUCAAGAGCCUCAAGCGCUUGAAAAUCAACAUGAGCGGCAUGCACGUCCAUUCUGUGUCGUGUGUACUUCAGCUGCCUUCUCUCCGAGAACUUAUCUUGGGUCCGUGCCAGGAGUUUGACGUCGACGACCGCCCUACUAUUAGAGACUACGACGAGGCAAAUAUUUCUUGGGCUUGCUCACCUGGAUCGUCCAACGUGGUCACUCUCCGAUUCGAGGAGAGUUUCUUGUAUUACGAGACACUGGUGAACUUCAUCACCUCUUGUCGAUCGCUAAAGACCCUAGGUUUUCCACCGCCGCUAACUGGCGCGGAGGAGUUCAUGCAACUACUUCUUCGGCGUCACCCGGGUCUGGAGAACCUGCGCAUCGAGGACUGCUGCUGUUUGCUUCUGGAAGCGGGCCGGGAGACAGUGGGGCUCUUGCCGGAUUUUCGAAACCUCAAGUACCUGGAGACGCCUCUAGAAUUCAUGGAAGCAGCACACGAUGACGCCGUUUGUGGAUUCUCGCAAGACGAUAGCUUAGGAGUGGAGCAGCCUAAGCUUGCCCUCUCGGAUUUCCUUCCCUCAAGCCUUGAGACCUUGUUCCUGUCAAGUUUGUGGUUUACUGCCGAGGAGCAGCAGGAGCCACUUACCGGCCAUCUGGCGAGACUAUUAGAAGGGACCAUUUCGGCGCUGCCCAAGCUAGGAACAGUCGCUCUUGAUUAUACUGGCGAUUACUUCGGGAGCGGCGGCUUUGACUGCAACUUCUGCGCCGUGGCCGAGCUGUUCCAGAAGCGCGGUUUACGCUUCGAAUAUAGCAUGGGCUUUCCGAAGCCUCUUCCUAGUCAAUGGGAGGCGCAGCUGGGCGUUGUACGAGCGAGGCAUGGACAUGAGGCGGCGGAGUUGGAGCGGCGUAUGUGGCAUAAGCCUAAUAGGAAUCUCCGAUUGGAAAGCAUCGUUCCCGCGAGCUUGGAUAAGAGUAGAGAUAGCUACGUUAUCAGCGAGGAAGGAGUGGAUUCAGGUAAUUAA